AUGACCUCCCAAUCCGCAUCCGAGUUCGUCAUCGCCAUCCUCUGCGGCCUGCUAACGCUAAACAUCUACAACCUCCUCCCGAUCUUCAUCCUCAUCCCUCCAUUCCUCGACCUUCUCGUGUCGGCGCCGCUCUAUGUCCUCACACUACAGGGCCUGAUCUCACUAGCCGUCAUCCGCCUGUUCUAUAUCGCUACGCGCCGGCCCUUCCGGCUCAAUUGCCGGCUCAACAGUCCCAGUAUGAAGCGUCUAUCCAUCGAUCCCCGUCAGAACAUCCCCCCAAUUCGGGAUUCGCCGGCUGCUUCUCUUCCAGUAAGUCUUCCCGAGGCGACAAACGUCAAGACCAAUCCUGCCCGAGCCGGAGAAGAAAAUGCAUCGGUCUACUUCGUUGGAACGGCUACGACAAUCUUAGAUCAUUUCGAUCAAAAAGUCGAGGCAUCUCUUCGGCGAGACUUGCCCAUCAUCACCACAAGCCAUGCCAAGUCCAUAUUGACCUCCAAGGGGGCAGACUCCUUCCAACAAGUGUUUGAUCUCGAGCCAUUUGAGCAGAUGAUGGUCAAUGUCCAAGGCGACAGUUCGCGAACCAAACAACCGCACAUUCGAGUGACUGGCAUGCCAGGCAAACACAUCCCGACCAACAAGGUCGUGGAGAAAUUGAACGAGUUGGCGGCGGCAAUUCCCCCCACCAACGGAUGGAUGGUUGAAUUAGGCUAUGGCAGCACCGAAACUACGCAAACCGAUUUCGAGGUCGGCUAUCGCAUCUACAUCUCUGGCGACACGCUGAUGGUGGAUGAGCUCAAGGAGAUCCCGCGGCGGUUCGCGGACCAGAAGAUCGACUUGAUGCUCAUCCAUCUUGGAGGCACGACGGUGCCUCAUCCGAACUUGUGGCCGCUGACGAUGAUGGUGACGAUGGAUGCACAACAGGGCGUGGAGCUGGUGCGCCUGAUCAAGCCUGAUCUGACCAUUCCGAUCCACUAUGAUGAUUACAACGUGUUUGCGAGUCCGCUGGAGGACUUCAAGAUAGAGAUGCAGAAGGCGGGAUUGUCAGGGCAAGUGGUGUAUCUGGAUCGCAAAGAGGCUUAUCACUUUCAAGUGAGAGCGACCUGA